AUGCGGUCGACGGUACUUUUGCCGCUCUUUGCGUUUCUCGCGCGCCCAAUCCUCGCUACGGACGCCACUUAUUGCUCGAAACAGAAUACCGGAUCCUCUUUCAAAGCGAACUACAGCACGUUUCAGUCGGUUGGCAAUUGCCAGGACGUAUGCAAUGCUGAGUACGCCUUUGGCAUUCUCCAGAAAUUCUACUGCUGGUGCUCAAACGAUGCUCCCGGGGAUACGACCGAUGUCUCCGAUUGCAAUACCGGAUGUCCGGGUUAUCCUAACGACCCCUGUGGGAGUUUGUCCGAUAACCUUUUCGCCUAUAUUGAAAUGUCUCUCCAUGCACCAUCGACCACAAUUGGAGGAACGACCUCGACGACAUCUACAUCAUCUACAUCCCAUUCAUCCACAUCCUCCUCCUCAUCAUCCUCAUCCUCAUCCACGAUCACCACUACCUCAGCGCCAGCCGAGACAACGUCAUCCGAAAGUGUGGGCCAGAUAGUACCAAUUACGAUCCACGCCACGCCAACAUCUCAACCGACUGUUCAUCCAGACCACAAAAGCUCUGGCCUGAGUGGCGGAGGCAUUGCUGGUGUUGUCAUUGGCUGCGUUGGUGGUGUGGCCCUAAUUCUUGCUGCCGUGGGAUUCUACAUCGCAAAACGUCGCUCUCGCUCGCGGGAUACUUCAUAUGCUGGAAGUGUACAGAACAUGUUACCGGACGGACGACAAAGAUCCUCGAGUACCACUAUGCGAAUGCCAACGUUCACCGAUAAUCGUUUGAAGACGGACACGAUUCUGUUCCCCAACGGUCGCCGAGAUAGCAGUGUAUCAUUACAAGAUAACGAGGACUAUUCUCGUCCCGUCCUACGCUUGACGAAUCCCGAUUAA